GCACGCAGGCUAUCGUCAGGAAAGGGAGAGUUAUUUGGUCAUUGGGGCCUGAAACAACAUGGCGCCUGCUACUAUUGAAAUGUGUUGAUAACAGCAUAAACGGAUAUCUACUGCUCGAUAGUGUCCCGUGUUCAAUAAUGUAAAGAGCUGAUAAGAAAUUUACUUGGGACUUGACGUCGGAACAAAAGAUGGAUCAAUCAGCUGAAGUAUCGGAGGGGCGGGUAGAAAAUUCCCUGAGACGACGAUCUACUACAACGACUACUCCAUUAGACAACCGGGACAGCAACGGCGGUGAACUACAACGUCCAGUCAGACAUGCCAACUUUAAUUCUAGCUCCACGAAUGAACAAAGUCACGUGUCAGACGACAUCACCCCUCAAGACGACGUCAACUCCGGGGGGAUGGUAAAGGUGAGUGGGGAAGACAAAGAAACAAAGUUGCCAAAAAUGCCUCCCAAAAUGCUUCCACAUUUUGGCGAACACCCUGUCAAGAAAGUCCGAAAGUGGAACAAGGCAGCCGAAAGAAAGCUAGAGAUGGAUGUGGAGUUUCUGACGCAGGAACUCAAAGCCAAAACAUCCAAACUGGAUAAGGGCAUUCAGAGCGUGGAGGAUGAGCUGCGAGAUCUGGACCUAGAAAAAAGUUAUACACCACGCUAUAGUGAAAUGGCGACAGGCUGUACCUUUAGCCAAAAAUCAAACGUGACUUUACCCAACAUUCCAUGCAGUAGACGACACAACAGUAGCAGACGACAAAGAAGCGGCCAUCGGUGUACAUACAACCCAGUAAAAUCGAAGCAAAAAUGUCAUCACUUUCCCUGUGUCCGCCCAAAGACGUACCACACGAUUGGUUACCGUGGAGACCCCGGGAAUACGUCAUGGAUGACGUGGGAAGACAUUAAGCAGGGCUGGAACCUGCCAAAUCUGGUCGACAACAUCUCCACGUCCGUUCAUGAUGUUAAAGUUUCUCCCAGAAUCUUGACGUUGAGAAAGGAAGAGAGAUUAAGGCGGGUAAUAGAACGUCGAAAGUUGAUCAACGAUAUGCAGAGACCUCAAAGCUGGGAGACCAACUACGGGCAGCCGACCUCUUUCAAACAACUGAAGUACCCUGUCCGCCUUUACUCCCUCUCCAACUGAUUGUAAGGAAAACAACGGAGUCUUGUGUGUACAAACCUUCCAUAUUGAAAUGCAGUGGAACAGUCGAGGGAGCCAUGGACAAUUUGGGUUGUCCAUAUUCGAAACAAGCGAUGUCGAUGCGUCUCCUCGAUGACGACAAUGAUACGGUACCACAGACCACAUACUGCAUCGUCAUGGUGGAUUUAUCAAGUUAGCUGAGUUCGUAUAAUCGAGGUUUGACUAUGUGUGUGUUUUAUUUAACUAAAUUAAUCACAGCAGGAGAACAGACUCGCUGAAGAAGAACCAUAAGGGAUAAUCUAUACUUCAUGUAGAUCUGAAGAAGUAACUUUCGAGAUCUCAAGACCGAACGGGUCGCUGUAUAUGUCGAUUGCCUUCUGUAGUGAUUUCAAGACCCAGUGUGGUUAAUGUGUUUUUGUAUGGAUUUGUGAGUCAUACGCCUGACUGUGAUAACAAAUAUAUUUAUAGUUUUCUCAGGACAGAGUUUGACAAAAAACGACUUUUUGAAAGAAAUCAAGCGUCAAUGUGUCACCAUGUGUUGGUUCACUGUAGUUCAACAUA